AUGCCAAAAACUGGCAAGGAGGCAGAACAACAGGAACUCGCCUAUGCUGCUGGGAAGGAUGUAAAGUGGUGCAACCACUUUGGAAACAGAUUUGGCUGUACCAACGAAAGCUACACAAGUAAUUUAUCAAAAAAAGCCCAGCGCUUGCUGGCAGAACCAGUUCCUGACAUUAAAACAGAACCAGAAGAGAGUAACGCCCAUUAUUUUCAUUCGGUCACUGCUGGCCCCCAGGAUUCCUCCUUUGAGGGAAGGACUUUUAAAUUUAAACUAUUCCUUCCAAAAGAAUACCUGACAGCAGCCCCUAAAGUACAUUUCAGGACCAAGAUUUAUCAUCUAAUGUAGACUAGUUGGGAAGAAUAUGUUUAAGAUAUCUUGAAGGAUAAAUGGUCCUCAGCACUGCAGAUCCACACAGUUCUGCUAUGGAUCCAGGCUUUGUUAAGUGCUCCCAAUCCAGAUGAUCCAUUAGCAAAUGAUGCAGCGGAGCAGUGGAAGACCAACAAAGCCCAAGCCAUAGAAACAGUUAGAGCAUGGACUAGGCUAUAUGCUAUAAAUAAUAUUUAA